UGAGUGUUACCGUAAACAUGACAGCGAUUACACUUUGGGGAAACAUUACGAAUAUUGAAAGUUCAUCAGCUGUGCAGAUUUCUUUGCAUGUGUACGGUUAUUUGAUUAUCGGUCCAAUGCUCAUUUUGAUCAACGCUCCCGUCUUUGUCGUUGUGAUGAUGCGUGAAGCACUCAGGUCAACUUAUUCAUCUCAUAAUGAUAAUGAUUAUUGA